AUGGGUCUCUGCUCCUGUUCUGACCGGCAACACUCCAACGCCCUCCCGUGGGCCACGCGUAGCCCUUCGAUGGAGAAAGACCCAAGCCUUCAAUUCAUCCAUCAGGCUCACGCAGACAGACUCCACGCCAACACCGCCGAGCAAGUCCUCCUCCCGGCUCGGAGCUCUGGUCCCUCACUGCGCUCUGCGGAACCUGAAAGCCACCUCGCCGAGGGAGAAGGCCUUCCCACCCUCAGCUUCGGGACAAUGGAGUGGGGCCAGGCCGGGGUUGUGGGGGGAGUCCUGCGACCCCCAACAGCGGCCGAGGGAACCCUCUCCCCAGCACUCCAUUGGCCCGGCGGAGGCCCCGCCCCGCGGCCACAGGGGCUGCACGCGUCGGAGACUCCUGGAGAGGCGGCCCGUCGCCCCGCCAUCUCGGCCACCGGGCGGAAGGCGCCGCCAGCCAGCCCGGCGGGUCCCGCCCACCCGCGGGGACCCAGGGCGGGGCGGCCCCGGGAGCCCGACUCCCAGCUCGACCGGACAGCGGGCUUUCUCGAGCACCGCCCCGAGCGGAGGCGGCGGAAACCGGGGCCCGGGGCAGCCCCCCGCCCGCCGCGCGGCCCGCCCCCGGCUCCCCCGCCGCACGCGCGCCGCCCCGCCUCCGAGCCGCGGCCGGGAGCCCGCCCCUCCGCGCGCACCGGGACGACGCGCUCCCCCUCCCGCGCCGAGCCGCCCGCUCCGCCCCCACCCCGCACACGGCCACACGCCGCCCGCCCGCCCUACGGGAAGCCGCGGGGGCCAGCCUCCCCCGCCGGCCCGGCGCUGCCCCGCCGCCCCGGCUCCCGCCCGAGCUCUCACCGCUCGUCACUGCGCGUCCCUCUCGGCGUGAGCCUCGGGCUCGGCAGGAGGCCCCGGGAGCGGCGCGGGGCACAGGCCCCGCCGAGGAGGACUGGCAGCCUGCUCUGGGCGGACGAAGGGGUCCCAGACCGCGACGCCCAGGGGCAGCCGGAGCCCUCCCCCGAGGCGCAGCCCCACUGGAGGACGACGGGCAGCUCCUCACGCCCCAUUGGAGGCGCCGCGCACGGCCCGCCCCGCACCGUCUCGGCCACAGGCCUAGGCAGCCGGCUCCCGCCUCCGCCGCUCGGCGUCUCGGAAGGCCGGCCCCGGUUCUCCACCGCCCCGGGAAGGGAACGGCCGGGGGGCAACGCGUCCGGACCCACACAGGCCCCGCCCCGGCGGCCGGAUUGGCCGGCGCCCCCGUCGGGGAAGGGGCCAUUCCGCCCCGCGCCCGGCCGAGCCCGGCAGUCCUUUUGUGGAAUGUUUACACUGGAGACGAGUGCCGAGUUCCGGGGCCCCAGGCCGCCCUCACUUCCCCGGCACCCCGUGCACCCCGUCGACGCGGGGCGGCCAUCCUCCCAGCUGCACGGCCAAGGGCCGACGCACGCCAGCGACUCCCCGGGAAGGCGGGCCGGAGCCCCGAGACGGGAGCCGCGGAGAGGCCACGGCAGCCAGCAGGCUAAGAGGAACAGUGCAGUGCGCGCCAGCCGCACGGGGACAUGGACGGAGCGCAAGGAAGCAAACUUGCCGCAGCGCGCGGGGCCCCCUAGGACGCGGUGCUCCUGCCCGCCGCGGCCGACCCUGUUCAGUAGCCGGGGCUCGUCCUCCCCGCACAUGGCCAUCCGAACCCCCAAGCCAGGGCCACUUUCGCCUCGGCCCCAGCCUGUCAAGUCGUACACACGGCACAGCCAGGACGGCAGCAGCCUCCGCGCCCCGGGUCACACAAGGGCGGAAGCUGAGCGUCGCAGAGCCAGCACCGGGCGCCCGCCAGGACGCCCGCGAGCCGGGACUUCCGGGCGGGAGCGCCGGCGCGAGCGGCGAGGCGGGCCCCACACAUGUGCCGGGAGCGCGCGCACGCGAGGCCAGAGCGCGCCCCCGCCGGCGGAGGCGGAGCCACCCGCCUGCCGCCCGCCAAUCAGCCAGCAGGGGCGGGGCCUCGCGCCUCACGUAGCUGCAGGAAUCCUCCCUCCGCCCUCCACCAAGGACACCGGCACCCCGCUGGUGGACUGGCGCACUCGCGCCGGCCGCGGCCGGGUUGGGGAGGGAAGGGGUCCGGUGGAGAAGGAGCCGCCGCCUCGCCCGGCGGUGGGCGGGGAAGCAGGCAGCUCCAUGUUUGCGAGCGGCAACAGCUUUAGGAGGGGCCCGGGAGCCGAGCGCCGAGUUCCCCGGGGGAACCCUCCGCUCCCCAGGCCGGCCGGAGCCCCGCGUCCCGGGCCCGAAGGCGGGCUGCAUCGCCAGGCCUCCCGCAGCGCCCAGUGCGCCGGCGGGGUGUCCGGGGGAGCCCCGAGCGGUCCGCGGGGGCCAGCACGGUGGGGGAAGCGCUUCCCGGAGCCUCUGCCUCCCCCAGAGCCCCGCGCGUCCGCCGCUGCCCCCGCCCCCAGAGUCCCUAACAACCGGGCCCGGAGCGCGCCCGCCGGCCCCGCUCGCUCAAGGCACAGCACUGGAUGCUUCCUCUAG